AUGUCUGAAGCAUACAAUUGCGAAAUGAUCAAUAUGCUACAGCUCCUGAGCCCACCCAUUGAGACAAAUGGAGUGGAUUCAAAAUUUUCUUUCGCAGUUCAAGAGCCAGACAUGAACACAGAAGAACACAAGUAUCUCACUCCAUUCAUUUCUGAACGUACGAUCAAUCAGUCACGUCCCCUCAAGGUCGUUUACAUUGGCGCUGGAAUAUCAGGUAUUCUGGCGGCGAUUAAGUUCCGGGAAGCAGUACCAAAUCUCAAUUUGGUGAUAUACGAGAAGAAUGCCGAUUUGGGAGGAACAUGGUAUGAGAACAGAUAUCCGGGAUGUGCAUGUGAUGUUCCAUCGCAUUCAUAUCAGUUGAGCUGGGAAUCUUGGACAGAGUGGAGUCAUUUCUUUUCUGGUUCGAAAGAAAUCCUCGAAUACUGGCAGCGUGUUGCCCAGAAGUAUGACGUUCGCAAGUAUAUGAAGUUUUCAACUCGCUGUGUUGGUGCGCGUUGGAACGAAACCAUGAAGAAGUGGUUUGUCCAGUUAUUCGACCAGAUGACCGGGGAGACAUUUGAAGACUCUGCUGAUCUUCUCAUGACUGGCACGGGACUUUUGAAUGAAUGGAAAUGGCCAUCAAUCCCUGGGUUGCAAUCAUUUAAGGGUCAGCUACUCCAUAGUGCAUGCUGGGAUGAGGAUUGGGAGAGUCAGGGAAAAAAUAUAGCAGUUAUCGGGGCUGGAAGUAGCGGUAUACAAAUCGUGCCAGCUCUUGUGGACAAAGUCAAGCGGAUGGACCACUAUAUUCGAAGUCGAACUUGGAUCUCAAAUCAACAUGGAGGAGAUCGACUCGCAUUCAAGACGGAUGGGAAAGGUGGCAACUUUGCCUAUACAGAAGAAGAGAAAAAGGCUUGGCGAGACGAUCCUGCAGGCUAUAUGAAAUAUCGCAAAGAGCUCGAAUACGAGAUGCAGACAUUGUAUACGAAAUCGCAACGAGGUAGCGAUCUGCAAAAGAAGACUCGCGCCCGGUGCAAACAAGACAUGAAGCAACGACUCGUGAACAAGCCAGAGCUACUUGAACAGCUAAUUCCUGAUUUUCCACCCUUGUGCAAAAGACUUACACCCGGGCCAGGAUACCUUGAGGCGCUCACUUCUCCGAACGUCGAAGUCAUCCCGACUGGUAUAAGGGAGAUCACCGAGAGUGGAAUAAUCACGUAUGAUGGCAAGUUCCGUGAAGUCGAUGCAAUUAUCUGCGCGACUGGUUUUGAAACAAACCCAGGUGGUGGAUUUCCAAUCAUCGGCCGGGGAGGCGUCAAUCUACGCCAGAAAUAUGCCUGUCGACCUGAAACCUACCUUGGGCUCUGCUCAGAUGGAUUCCCAAACUUCUUUCAAUCACUAGGACCAAAUUCUUUUCAAGGGGCCGGAAACCUACUGAUUAUGCUGGAGCAAGUUCAUUCUUAUGUGGCGCAGGUGGUCUCGAGAAUGGCAUUUGACAACAUCGGAUCCGUUGAGCCGAAAAAGGCUCAAGUUGAAAACUUCACAAAGUUCACAGAGCGCUAUUUUGAUCGAACGGUUUAUAGUGAGGAGUGUGCGAGCUGGUAUAAGUCCUCUGCCCCGGGAUCCACUCUAGAGGAACGAAAGAGGGGACGCAUUACGGCUUUGUGGCCUGGGAGCAGUCUUCAUGCACUCCGCGCCCUGGAGAAAGUGAGGUGGGAGGACUUUGAAACAAUUCCGUUCGAUGGGAAUGAAUUCGGGUGGUUUGGAAAUGGAAUGACUCUUGGAGAAAAAGCUAUCAGUGUAGACGAGGAGGCUGUUACCUGGUAUUUGAAGUCUACCGAGUUUUUAGAUGACAUUGUUGCCCCAGGCGAACAUUGA